AUGUCACGGGUUCCAUUGGGGAAAGUCCUCCUGAGGAAUGUCAUCCGGCAUACAGAUGCUCACAAUAAGAUUCAGGAGGAAUCUGACAUGUGGAAAAUCAGAGAACUAGAGAAGCAAAUGGAGGAUGCUUACCAGGGGACCAGAAGGAACAUGGUACCCAGCAGCUCAAGUCGGAUGAGAAGUGAUGGUUUUGAUGAAGAAAGUCAGAGAGACUACUGGAAGCCAAAAAAUGAAAUUUCUGGGGCCCUGGAAGAUGAUUUUCUUAAGGCUAAAUCCUGGAACAAGAAGUUAUAUGAGUAUGAAUCCAACAUGCCAGACAGAUGGGGUCACAGUGGUUAUAAAGAGCUGUAUCCUGAAGAGUUUGAAACAGACAGUAGUGACCAGCAGGACAUUACCAACGGGAAAAAAACAUCUCCCCAGAUUAAAGCAUCUGCCCACGAAUCCCACAAACAUAAAAAGUCAAAGAAAUCCCAUAAAAAGAAGCAGAAAAAACGGUCCCACAAAAAACAGAAGAAAAACAAAAAGGAAGCUAUGGACACAGCAGCAGAUUCCUCAUGUGAAUUCUCAGAAGAAACUGGAGCUUCUAGUACCAGGAAAAGGAAGCAACCACACAAGAGCAAGAAAAAAUCCAGGAAAAAGUCUCCUAAAAAAUCUUUACCUUUAGGGGGAGAAAGGGCUACUUCCCAGUCAGAUGAUUCAGCAGCUAGCAGUUCUGAGGAAAUCGAGGAAAGAGACACUAAGAAAACCAAAAGGAAAAAGAAAGAGAAAAGAGCUCAUGUUCCUGUGGUUAGCCCUGAAGUACCGGAGAGGACGAGCAAGCGCAGGAAUUGGAAAGUGGCUACAGAUGCAAGGUCUGCUGAAAGCUCAGAAGAUGACUAAGUGGGAAAGCAGCCAUCCUGCUCCCACAGACUCUGGUUGUCUGCAACUCUUAACAGUGGGGUUUGCUAGUGACUCCUUCAGCACAGGAGUCAGAGGUCAGAGUUGUCCUACCACAGAUACCUUUUUUCCUAUUUCAGAUUGUUAAUCUCCAUCCCCUUUUGUUGUUAAUAGGGAAUCUGGUAUUUUGUUAAGGUUUCUUGAAGAGAUUAUUUUUUGCAAUUAAUCACUUAGGGUAGAAUAUCUAUACAGCAAAUUAAAGAACCCAGAAAGCUGAUACCAGUAAUGAUCUGGGUACACCAAUUGGAAUGUUAAAUUUGGGGGGAAUCAAGGGUCUGGGAUGAAGAAAGGACUGAAGUAGUGCUAGAUAGAAUAGUUUGACAAGGAAAACUUGCUAUUUAUACAGGAGGU